AUGGCUUCAUUCGAAGGCAAGGUGAAUGAGAUCGCAAUCACCGGCGCAGCAUCAGGCAUCGGCCUCGCCAUCGCACAGAUUCUAGCCUCCCGUGGCGCCCUGCUCGCACUGGCCGACAUCAACGAAGCCGCCCUCAACACGGCCAAGGACUCCCUGCCCUCGACCCCAGACACAGCAAACAAGCACGCCGCCACCACCGUCCGCGUGGAGGACUCCGCCGCCGUCUCCAACUGGAUCGAGCAGACCAAAUCACACUACGGCCGUCUCGACGGCGCGGUAAACAUGGCCGGCGUCUACCGUGACAAAGGCACGGGCUGGACCAACGUCACGGACGACGACUGGGAAACCACCAUCUCCGUCAACGCCAGAGGCGUCUUCAACUGCCUCCGCGUCCAGCUCAAGCACAUGGGCGAGGGCGGGAGUAUCGUCUCUGCUGCGUCGGUGGCCGGGCGCAUUGGAACGGGCAGUGGGCCUUAUUGUGCGAGCAAGUGGGCUGUUGUCGGGAUGACCCAGUCUGCUGCGCGAGAGGCGGGCGAGAAAGGGCUGCGGGUGAAUUGUGUGGCGCCGGGGUUUAUUGAGACGCCGAUGACUGAUGUGUUCAGUGUGAAGGCGAAGGAGACGGGGUUGGCGAAGCAGUGUUUGCAUCGUAUGGCGCAGGUGAGUGGUGAUGUGUUGGAAGAUUCUCUGAGAAGUGCGCGGCGUCAAGCGCUGUGUGACUUUCCAGCAUUGUUGGCCUACGAGCGCGAGAAAGAGACGCCCGCUGACCCUUCUACAGCCGGAUGA